GAUCAAACAAGGCAAAUCCUUCCUGAUAAUCCAUGGCAGCAUCUCACGUUCCGAAAUUCGGCAACUGGGACGGCGACAAUGUGCCCUACACCGCCUGCUUCGACAACGCCCGUAGAGACAAAGCCGCCGGAGGGAAGAUGAUAAACCCGAAUGAUCCGGAGGAGAACCCCGACGCCUUUGGCUUCAUGUCACCGGAGAAACAGGCACGCGAUGGCUAUCACAGAAGUGCUGAGAAAAGCAUGUCUCCGUCGGAGGAAAGCUUUGCUGAUAGCAAAAGCGGUUCCGGCCAUUCUGCAAAAGGCCACCGGCGCAAGAGAUCAGAGGUGAAGAAGAAUGGCAGUAGCAAUAGCUUCAUCUCAGCCGCGAGUCCUAAAACGCCCAGAAAUGGAAGGAGUAAUCCUUACGAUGAUCUGUCAUAUAGAUCAGCAACAUCAGUGCCAAAAUUUGGAGCAUGGGAUGAGAUAGAUCCAAAAUCAUCAGGAGAAGGAUACACUAUGUUAUUCAGCAAAGUGAAGGAGGAAAAGCAGAUUGCAGCCUCCAAGCUGCCUAUUGUGAAUCAACAACACCCCACAUUUCAUCCAACCUACACCCAAAAACCUUCCAAAUCAAAGAUGUGUUGCGGCCUAUUCUGAAAGGUGUACCCAUACUAUAUAUAUUUGAUUAUGGUGUUUCUCUAUAUUUUUCUUAUUAAGCUCAGUUUACUGGUCAUUGAUGUAUAUGAGAACUAUACUUCA